AUGGCGCCGGGCAGCGGGGGCGGGGGCCUGGGCCCGGGCCCGGCUGGAGGACGGGCCCGAGGGCGCCUCCUCCUGGCGGCGCUGGGACUGCUGCUAUGGGUCCGGGGUACCUGGGGCCAGGAAGAGCCCAAAAUCUUGGGCAUGAGGCUGAUAGGCUGCAACAAGACGUGCGGGACCAACGCCGAGGGCAUCCUCUUCGUCUCCGAGGGCAGCCAGGUGAGGCUGAGGUUGUAUGGCCUCAACCUGGACACCUUAAGCCAUAGCCACAUCACCUUCACUGAGCUGGAGACCAUGCAGGAAGUCCACCAAUCCAACUUCUGCGUCGGGGUCACCAAGGACCUGAGGGUCCGCCAGCUAGUCAACCUUAGCGAAGACAACUCAAACGCAUUGCUGAUCAUGGAAACCAAGUACCUAAGGAGGAGUGAGAAUUCUAGACUUUAUGGCCUGUGCACUGGAGUGGGAGGAAAAUGGAUAAGGUGGCCCGGGAAGGACUCCUUGGUCUUCCUCAUGGAGGAAGAGCAUCAGUUACUGCCCCUCUGGCUGCACAUUUUACUUAUCAUGGUGCUACUGGUGCUCUCUGGCAUCUUCUCUGGCCUCAAUCUAGGUCUCAUGGCCUUGGAUCCUAUGGAGCUAAGGAUCAUACAGAAUUGUGGCAAGGAGAAAGAGAGAAGGUAUGCCCGAAAAAUUGAGCCCAUUCGAAGGAAGGGGAACUACCUUCUCUGUUCCCUGCUUCUGGGCAAUGUGCUGGUCAACACUACCCUCACAAUCCUUCUGGAUAACCUACUUGGAUCCGGAGUGGUGGCUGUGGCCUCCUCCACUAUUGGUAUUGUCAUCUUUGGAGAGAUUGUACCACAGGCAAUAUGCUCUCGGCAUGGCCUGGCUGUGGGGGCCAGCACAAUCAAUGUCACUAAAUUGUUUAUGCUAAUUACCUUCCCCUUAAGUUUUCCCAUCAGCAAGGUUUUGGAUUAUGUUCUUGGUCAGGAGAUUGGCACAGUCUACAACAGGGAAAAGCUCAUGGAGAUGCUGAAGGUGACUGAGCCAUACAAUGAUCUGGUGAAGGAAGAACUCAAUAUGAUCCAGGGUGCCCUGGAACUAAGGACCAAAACGGUGGAGGAUAUCAUGACCCAGCUCCAUGACUGUUUCAUGAUCAGAAGUGAUGCUAUCCUGGACUUUAACACCAUGUCAGAGAUUAUGGAAAGUGGGUACACUCGCAUCCCAGUGUUUGAGGAUGAACAGUCCAAUAUUGUAGAUAUCCUCUAUGUCAAGGAUCUGGCCUUUGUGGACCCAGAUGAUUGCACUCCUCUGAAAACCAUCACCCGCUUCUACAACCAUCCAGUUCACUUUGUCUUCCAUGACACCAAACUGGAUGCCAUGUUAGAGGAGUUCAAGAAGGGGAAAUCCCAUCUGGCCAUUGUGCAGAAGGUGAACAACGAGGGUGAGGGUGACCCUUUUUAUGAAGUCUUGGGAUUGGUGACUCUGGAGGAUGUCAUUGAGGAGAUCAUCAAAUCGGAGAUCCUGGAUGAGUCCGAUAUGUACACUGACAACCGGAGCCGAAAACGGGUAGGCAAUCAAAAGAACAAGCGAGAUUUCUCAGCUUUCAAGGAUCCUGACAAUGAGAUGAGAGUAAAAAUCUCACCCCAGCUGCUUCUGGCUGCUCACCGAUUCCUGGCCACUGAGUUGCCCCUCUUCGGUCCCUCAAUGAUAUCUGAGAAGAUCCUCCUUCGUAUGCUAAAGUACCCAGAUGUCAUUCAAGAGCUGAAGUUUGAUGAACGCUAUAAACUUAGUGCCCGGCAUUACCUAUAUGUUCGAAACAAAUCUGCUGACUACUUCAUCCUCAUAUUGCAGGGAAAGGUGGAAGUAGAAGCUGGGAAGGAGAACAUGAAGUUUGAAACUGGUGCAUUCUCCUACUACGGGAUCAUGGCACUUACCACUCCUCUUAACAUGGGUGGAGAUACCAACAAGGGAAACUUCUAUUCUGGACCUGAUUCAGACCAACAAGAAAGAACUGGUUUCUUGGGUGGAAAUGAUGGGAACCUUGGGGACCGUUCCAUGUCCUACCCAAGUAGCCUGAGCCGUGCAUCUUCCCUCAACUAUCAAGAGCGCACAGACAGCUUGAUUCCUGCUCUGCCCCCCACCACUGCCAGCAGCACCAUGAGCCAGUAUGUCUCAGACUUCAGUGUCCGGGCUCUCACAGAUCUGCAGUACAUUAAGAUCACUCGGCAGCAGUACCAGAAUGGGUUGAUGGCCACAAGAAUGGAGAGCUGCCCCCAGACUCCUACAGACAACCUCCCGUCCGAACCCAUCUUAUCAGAGAAGGCAGAGCUGCAGAUAACUGAUGAGACGACAAGCCUUCUCAAUGAGCGAAAUACUCUCCUGAACAAGACCACCCACAACUCCCACGAGAGCCCCAUGUGACAGGGGGGCCCGGGGCCCCCUACCAAUCCCUUGGGGGCCUCCCUAGUGGGCCCACAUCCACAGAGGGAGCAGAGCAGACAGGGGAGCGUGGCCCUGGCCACCCCCUUGAUAACCUGUCUGGCUCUCCAAGCAGGUGUUCCCUAGCCUGUCAUAGGCAGGGAGGAGACUUUGCCCUUCCACAGGGAGCCUUAGCGGAGCUUCCGGGGAAUAAUAGUUGCCUGGAACUUCUGUAGGAUUGCCUGGGUAGUGCUGCCCAGGGGCAAAUCCUGGGAACAGCUGGGAAGAGGCAGGGAUUUUUUUUUUAACUAAGAGUAUUUCUAAAGAAAGCUCAUGGCUGCUCUUUCUAAACUUAAUUUUGGGGAGAGGGUGGGAUGAGGUUGAGAUAAUGGGGUUAGGAGUUUUUAUUAAUUUUUUUUUAAAGAAAAUUUGGGGUGCUGCCUCAUAUGAGGUUUCUUCCCCAGGAAGCAAUAGCCAUAAUCCCCUUCCCUUUAGCUUUGAGCUUCUAGCUUUUUCCCUGAUUCAGGGAUCUCCAGACCCCAGCUGCCUCCACUCCAGGCCUUCCUGAUGGAUCACAUCCUAGGGGUUUGCUAGAGGAAGGGGAUCAUACCCUAUGCAUGAGGCAAGGAACCUAAGAUCUUUAGACAGAUGCGACUGAGGGAUUAUUCCUGAGAACUGGGGAAGAUUAGUGCUUCUGAAUGGUCAAUAUUCAGCAUCUGACAGCCCUUGAUCAAGGAUGCAAUGAAUGGAGCUUUGGAGGGGAACUUCUGCCAAGCCAGGGGCCAGAAUCUUCUCAAAUCCAGAACUCCUUGAGCUGUGCAGAACAGCUCUGAUGGUGUAUUUGGUGGACUGGGCCAUAACUCUUUCAUUCCUUUUGAUAACAUUGUUCCCCCUGCACUUCCCCCUUGCUCCGACCCCCUUAUGAUGACAACUGAAAGUGUUAGGGUCCAGAGUCAUUAACAUCAGCCCCUGCCUUUUCUUGAACCAAAGUCCUGGCCCAAAUGGAAAGGACAUCCAAACUGAAGGAGGCCUGUCUGGGAAUAACCCCUUCAGGAGGGAGAUUGUUCAGGGGCAUUUGUGUUGCUGAUUAUGGAGUUGUUUAGAAGCCAAGUCAAAGCCAGACUCCUGACCUGGGAGGAGCCAUCCCAGAUUUGAAUAUUCCCUAUUUUCAACCCAGGUUUAUCUUUCUACCAGUGCAGGUACCCCCUGCCUCCCCUCCCAAGGGCUGGAGAUGACAAUUGUGAGGUCGAUGAGGUCCCCUUGUCCCUUAUGCUGCAGCACAAGGCAGGAUGCUCUUCCUUGACUCACAGCUUCUGCAUUUCCUUUGGGGAGGGAAUUGUUCCAUCUACAAAGCUCCCUGCCCUGUCUAGAUAGUCCUGCUCUGUCAUCCUGAAUUCUGUGGAUGUCAUUAAUGGUACUGUAGCCCUGGAAGCUCAAGUCUUUCCCAGAAGCUCUCCGCAGGUCUCUUCUUUUUGGCCCUAUCCUAGAACUUUAGAUCUCCUUAUUGGGGAUGCAUUGGGACCAAGUUGCUCAUUGCCUAUUGUUCAGGAGAAAAGAAGAGCUAGGGUCCAAGAACCAUGUGGAGAGUAGAAAUGGUUUCUUUGAGGUGUUAUUUAUUUAUUUAUUCCUUUUCCCAACCAGCAGAGUCCUACCCUCAGGUGCUCUGUCUUCCAGAUGCCUAAAGAAUCCCAUCUCUUGGGACCAAGAAAUAUCUUGUGUCACGGAUUCCUGUCCCUUUUUUGGUUAUCUGAAAACAAAUGGGGCAUGGUUUUCCUAGUUUGCAUCGUUCACUCCUCUCCUGCUAGAGUCAUGACCUCCAUGGAUUGGGGAAAUUCCAUCUUAAUCCUCCAAAGGCAUCUGUGACUGUCCUCAGCCAGGAGGUGACAAGGCUUGAAUUCUUGUGAGACCUGUUCUUGUGAGAGUACAAGGGAAUCCUAUGGUAUAGCCAGGGUAAGCAAAAUUCAUUGGUCUGAACCAAAUGGAUGUGUGUUGACUAAAACGAGGCAGAUCACACACACUUUCACACCUACCUCUUUUUAAACAUAUGGUUACUGCCAACAGAUGCUCCCUUCUCCCAACUUCUGGACAAUAUAUUCCUGCUGAUGGUCAGGCAGCAUUCCCAAAUGUUUCUGGUCCAAAAACUUCUUCCAGUGGAGGAAGGAGGAACUUUCCAAUUUCCCAUGACCUGGCCUCACCUUCUCCUUUAUGUGCUUUAUUCCUGGGCCUGAAUUACAUACUGGAAUUGUCCUAUCUCUGCUUCUUCCCACAAAAUGAAAGCGACCUUCAUAGACAGCAUUCAAAUGCAAUAGACAGGUCAUAUCCAACAUUGCAAAUAACUCCUAUUUAUUUUGUGCGAGAUUUUAAUUUGUAUAUUUUUGUGAUUUUUUUGGCCAUUGUUAUAAGUUUGACUCUCGGGGAGUUUUGCUGUUUCAUUUUGAGUCUGUGUCUUUUGUCACAAAGCUGAUAAUAUUUGCUAAAUGAGAUAUGGAAUUUAUUUUUGAUUGGUAAUAAAAAUGAAAUGUGUAUAAA